CAUUUUAACUAUGGUUUGUCAAUUUUGUUCGCAGUUAUUUUUGUAACAUUUUAUUGCUUUAGACGGAAAAUAUCAGAUUGGUUUCAGAAACUGUUCUAUUUGUAUAUGUCCAGCUCUAAAAUUUAGUAAAAACGUUCGCACAGUAGAAAAUGUAGAAAUAAGGUCAGUAAUACUGCAAGGACCAGUCAUAAAACACAUUGUAUAAGUUGGGUGGCACAUUUACAAUAAAACGACUUAUACUUAAUAAUUUGGGAACGAAAUGUGAUAUCACCAUGCACUUUUCACUAAACAUAUGACACCGAGGGAAACACAUUGAACGGUAACUUUAGUUCACUUUUCUCAUUUUACCCACACCGCACCUUUCCUAAAGAGCGCCAUACCACGUGUGUCAUAUUAUAAUGUUAUACCUAUGUUUAGUAAAAAUCUUAUGACGAUAUUACAUGCCUGAUCUAAUCAAUUAUUAAGGAUUGAUCGUUUAAAAUGCCCCAUCCUCUAUAGUACACAUAUGUAUAGGUAGUCAGCUUGCAUAUAUUAUAGUACGUUAGGUAUUGCUUUUCAGUACCUAUCUCUUUGUCUUUCUUAACAGAGAAAUGUCACAUUCACAAAAUCUACCGAAUGGGCCUUCACAAGAAGUACCGGACAAUAAAAAUAUCUACGAGUUGGCGAAUGUGCCGGAAAGGGUUAGUCAGUUUGAGCAGCCAAGCGCACCGCAACAAGUAGAUGGAAAUGUUCGGCCGUUAUUAACUCGAAUAGACAGUAGAGUUAACUUAAAUGUGCGUCUAGGCUUUCCGAAUCCACUCCUUAGGCCACAACUGUCAAGGCCACCUCCACCGGGAGGAACCCCGUUCGUUCAACGUCCUUUAAUACAACAACAACGUCCUCCGCUGGCUGCACAAAAUUUAUAUCCAAGACAGCCAGUUUCACAUAACAUCAUACCAACUACCAGACCACAGAUCACUCCCGGAUUUAGGCCCACACCACCAAAUUUCGGUAGACCCCCUUUAUUAACUCCGAGACCGCAGAACAUCUAUCAGCAAAGAUCGUUUCCUCUUCCAACAACAACAAGUAAACCGACACUUUCUAACAAUUUAACAAAAAGUCAAACGCUGGAUUCCUACGAAUGUAAUUCAUCUCAAGAAGAUAAUGUGUCAGCAAUUGAGGCAGCUAACAAUGAAGAAGAAGAACAAACAGAGAUCAACUUAAAUGAUGAAUUUCAAAAAGACCAAAAAAGUUCAGUUGGGGAUGUUGAAGAUGAAAACCUCAUUCCAGAUUUAUCCAGACAAAUCGAGCAAAAUCCACGACCCGAAACGCGGAUGGAAGGACGGAUGGACAACCAACCCCUUGCGAACAAUUCGCGCGAAGAGCUAAACAAAGCAACCACAAAUUUGCAGUCGAACCCACCUUCUCCUCAGCCUUACAUGAGAAGAGCCCAUGUUACGAGAACGCCAUCACCAACACAGGAAAACCCAACGACUUCUUCGCCAAAACAAUCUGCGUCAAAGAGAGCAGAAAAACCAAAGUCGCCCAAUUUAUUGAAAAAUGAUAGAAAAUCUCCCGAAACUAAAACACGGUCUUCCUCAAAAUUACGUCUUUAUAAAGCAGAAGGAGAUAAUGACAGUGGAGUGGAUGAGUCCACCCAAGGAAACGAUCACCUAAACAGCGAAUAUUCUACAGGUAAAAAAUCAUCGAAGAGUUCCACUCCACGUUCUGCAACAACACCCACAAAAAAUAAAUCUUUCACAAGAGUCGCAAAAUCUCCAAAUCCAAAAAGUCCAGAAACUCCCACGUCUACCGCCGAUAAGAAAAUUCCUAUGAACAAAAUUCAAGUCGGUUCGGCUCCGUCUCCAAACUUAAAAGUAGUGAAAUCGAAAAUAGGAUCUCUAGAAAAUGCAACGCACAAACCGGGCGGAGGAAAUAUCAAAAUCGAGAGUAAAAAGAUAGAUUUUUCAACAACAUCAUCAAGAGUUACGGCAAAAAAUGACACUUAUUUACCUGGAGGAGGUGAUAAAAAGAUUCAGCAACAAAAACUGAAUUGGAGUGCUAAAUCGAAAGUGGGUUCUUUGGAGAAUACAACUCAUAAACCUAAAGGGGGCGAUAAGAAAAUAGAUAUUGUUAAGUUAGAUUUUAAGGAAAACGCGAAAUCAAAAGUUGGUUCCAAGGAUAAUAUUAAACAUGUACCCGGAGGAGGCGAUGUUAAGUCUGAAUCUGAACACAAACUGGAAGAAAUUAGAAGAGAUAUUGAAACAAAAAAAGUGGAUAUUAAAGUUCAAAGUAAAAUUGGAUCGUUGGAUAACAUAAAACACAAACCGGGGGGUGGAGAUAAGAAAAUAUAUGACGAUAAAGGAUAUUUACGUCAAAUGUCCGCCCAUUCCAACGCUUCCUUGGACGGAUCACAGAAAAAAAAAUUACGACCCUUAUCACUCGAAUUGGCGUCCCCAGCAGUCUCUUCUCCUGUGCAGCAGAAAGUAAAAAUCUUGGACGAAGUUGAAGUGUAUGAGAUUACACAUCCUGAGGCCGCUAAUUUUGGUUGUAGUAGUUCACGCGGCAAACGAUCGCCUAUAAGUAAUUCCCGGCCCCCAUGGCGUUAUUAAGGAUACCUAUAAGUUGAGAGGAAGUUAGAUGACAAGUAGUUAAAAGUUAGUUACCUUUUUGUCCAAAAAUUAUUUAUUGAAAGUGGUUCUGUGUUUAUUAUAAUAUCAUGUUGUGUAUUAGAUGGUAGAUGCAUUUUGCAUUGAUAACCUUUUUAAUAUUUCUCACCUCUAAUACAUUAUGUAUCGCUUCACUUAUAUAAUCACACAAUAUAUGCUCUAUUCCGUAUUUUUUCUUUACUUGUCUGCCACCAGAAAACGUAGGUUCGUAUUUCAUGCAGCUAACCUUCCUUGUUAUUCAAAUUGACGAGAAAGAUUGAAAGGUGCUUCUGCAUAAUCAAGCCCCCGCCCCCCUCAAGUACAUUCCAACACACGGACGGACUGCCAGACGGAAGUAAGGACAAAACACUAGUAAUCUUGUAUUUUCAUUUUUAAAACGGGGCCACACACAUCAGUGGUUUGAAAGUACAAAAUUGGCAUACGAAUAAGAUAAUACAACUCUGGUGAUUGCUCUACCAUUUGCGAUUCGGUUUUUUAGCGGAUCUUCAGGUUGUUUUCGAGAGAAUGAUGUUGUUCUUUCUGAGAGAAGCAGGGGCGGACUGGGUACUUACAGGCCAGG